AACCACAACAACACCGCGAGACAUUCCGCCCUUCGCUCGGCUUCCCGGCAUAUUUCGGCCGAUAAAUUCAUCCCUACGAAGUGCGGGACUAUGCUUCGUGUAGCCUUCGUCCUGUGCUUAGUGUGCCUGGCUUCUGCUACUCUAUCCAGGAGUGACAAGAAGAAGAAAAGUGACAACAAAGUGAUAUCUGGUCCUCAGAGCAGCUCAGUUAUAGAGUUGGACUUGAUCACAGAAAAACCAAAAUGGAAAGACAUUGUAGAAAACCACAAGGGAUAUUAUCAUGACACCGCCAAGAGAGCAUCUAGUCAAAUAACCUUGGCCUACGUGACCCCAUGGAACAACCAUGGCUAUGACGUAGCCAAGUUCCUCGGAGGGAAAUUCACUCAUGUCUCUCCAGUUUGGCUGCAGCUGAAGAGGCACGCUGGGAGGAAUGUCAUCACAGGGGACCACGACAUCGACCAGGGCUGGAUCAAGGAUGUGAGGAAGGCUGGCAAGAGCAGCAGUGUCAAAGUUGUUCCAAGAGUGAUAAUGGAAGGAUGGCAUCGCGAUGACUUUGAAGAGAUUGUCAAUUCAGAAGUCAUUCGGGGUGAAGUCGCAAAUGACAUUCUGGGUAUUAUCAAGAAGCAUAAUCUGGAUGGCAUUGUGCUUGAGGUUUGGAGUCAGAUCCCAACACAGGGAAUCUUAGAGAGGUUUCCCAGGGUUGUCCGCGACAUAGCCCAGAAGAUUCAUAAGGCUGGUUUCGUUUUUAUACUUGUCAUUCCACCACCAGUCUACCAAAGAGGUGUGAGAGGUUCCUUCACAGAAAAGGAAUUUCAGGCAUUAGCUGGUGACGUAGACGCAUUCUCUCUCAUGACCUAUGACUUCUCGUCAUUCCAAAAUCCAGGACCAAACAGCCCUCUGUGGUGGAUGCGUGAUUGUGUCGAGAAAUUAGUACCAGAUGCUUCUUCUCCAAACCGUGCAAAGAUUCUAUUGGGCCUUAAUUUGUACGGUCUGGACCACAGUGUUACUGGAGGUAACCAUGUUAUUGGACAUCAGUAUAUAGAUAUACUGUCAACGUACAAGCCUAAGUUCCUCUAUGAUGGAGAAUCACAAGAGCACUAUUUUGAAUACAAAACAACAUCUGGGCGUCGGACUGUGUUCUACCCAACACUACAUUCCAUCAACAAGCGAGUUCACUUGGCCAAAGAACUGGGCACAGGAAUAUCUCUGUGGGAAGUGGGUCAGGGACUUGAUUACUUUUAUGAUCUUCUCUGAUUAGGGAAAAAAUGCAGGGAAUGUUAUCUCCAUGGUGCUGUCCAAAAAGCUGGACUGUGAUUACCUUCUUGGGGUUGUGUGUGAAUAAGGGGGAUGAUAUAUUUAUUUGAAUGAUACAUAGUUGGUUAUGUAGCCUGUGUAAAAAGCAUUUGUUUCUUUACCUGUGAUUACCACAUGUUAUUUGUUUUGUAGAGCUGCUCACAUGGACCUGAUGCAUAUGUGGCCUUAUUGUUAGACUAUAUAAAUCCCAGUUUUUGGGCUAGUGGUUGCAGUGUGUGACAUUUGUGUGUGGGUUUAAAAAAAAAAAAAAAACUAUCUGUAAAUGCAAUAUAAUUUGAUAAAAUCAUUUAAACCAAAAUUUAAUUUAUUAAUGCAUUCUGUUGCUUGAUUUGUAUCAAUUUGUCAUUAUCAUUGUAGUUUGGUUAAUUGUGUCCAACACAAGUUUCAGGAAUUUUUCACAGAAUAGUAUGAUGCUAAAGUAAAGUAUGUGCAAAUGAUUAUCGGUGAAGAGGGAGAAUGAUACAAUGUAAUGUCUUGUAUUGAAGAAUAAUGUUACUUUAUUGGAUAAUAAGUUUCUCUUGUAUAUUUAUUGAACCCUAAUUUGUGUGAAAAAAUGAUAAUGUAAAAUGGGAAAUUUAAAUAGAACAUGUGUAUAAAAUGACAGUAUUUUUGUAUUGCUAUUAGAUGUUCAUAAUCUUGUUUGUGGUAUGGGGAAUAUGAACAGUGUCAGAUUUAAAAGUUUUAUAAGUAAGACCAGUGACACACAGAAUUGGCCGUGGGCACAAUGGAAGAUAAUAGAAAUGUGAUGAAUAUUUCUCAACACCCUGAAGGAAAUAGAGGGUAUAAAAAUAAGCAGUGACUCUAAGGAAGAUGAGGGAUUGUAGAGCAAGGUGGACAAGAUGGGAACUUGAGGAGGCAGGACCUAGGGCACCAAAUGUCAAAGAUGGCAUGGAACCAACCCUGAAGUGAGAAUAGUUUCAAAACAAAAUGGAUGAAAAGGAAACCUGAGGCAAGCAGAUCAUGGAAAAAGGAAGCAAAAGAUGUCAUCCUAUCUUCCCUAGAAUCAGAGAAAGUAAAUAAACUUACUGCUCCACAGCCCACCAUACAUUCCCUAAACGCUAACUGAAGUCCAUAGCCAGGUAGUCAUGCUUUGUCCAGUGGUUGUGCCUGAUUUCCUUUAGGAGAUAUUUUUGUAGUCACUAAAUACACAGAACACUAUUUUGUCAAGAGUUUGUCCAGUCUAAAUAUCUAGACCAACCAGUACAAUGGAUGUUCUGCAUGUUACAUCACUAUUAUGUAGUGUAAGUAAAUGUUCUUCAAAGGAAUAAUAACGGAAAAUUAAACGUAAUUGCAAAUGACUUGAUCAUAUUAGUGUACAAGGUAAUAUCUUGUGUGAAAGAAAAGUUUAUAGAUCUUUUUCCACCAAUGAAAAAUAAAAUAAAAAGGUAUAUUGUUUAAUGAUAUAUGUAUGUCUAAUUAUGAUAAUUUGUUUGUACACUUUUUCUUAUUUAGAAUUAAAGCAUUGAUUAUCUGUGAUCAUAAUUAUACAAAUAAAGCCUGAAAGUAAAGUUAAGUGCAUUAAACACACGGCAAAAUGCUA